AUGCAGUGGUUGGCACUAAGAGUGCGAUUUGUGAAACCCAUAGAUUUUGCCAUCGAUGAGCAUCGCCAGGGUUGGUCUGAGUUUCAGAAGGUCGGAGAAGUUGUGGAAGAGAUGAGAAGAUGGGGGAAAGAGAAGUAUAUGCCAGAGAUGGGUAUUGGAGGUUCAGUUUGGAAAUGA